CUAGUACACGAGUAAACAAAAAAUGAAAAAACUUGUGGACUGAUUAGACUGAUAAAAAAUAUAAAAUAAUAAUUAAAAAUUCUGUACUGAGUGUUUAGUCUAUUGAAAAUUCUAAUUAAUUUCAGAUUUCAGUCUCGGAUAAUUUUGAUGUUUUAGUCGUGAUUUCGAUAGAGAAGCGAUUUACAGAACGAUCAUUUUCCAUGAAGAAAAAUAAGAAAAUUAAGUCUUCGAACAUCACCGGUGUUCUGUAUCAAGAGCUUCCUGCAGAAGUUUUGAGUAUUGCCGGAGAAUCCGAUACAUCAUCAAAUGUUCAAGAUUUCAUUUCUAACUCUCUUCCGCUCUCAGAUUCUCGUUUCGUCUCUGAAGUUCUGAAAAAAACCAAUGUCAAUAUUGAAUUAAAGCAUCAUGAGUUGAAAAAAGUGAAGCUCAGACCCAAAAAAACAGAAUUAUCUCAAAAAGAUCGACGUGCUUUGAAUCUUUACCGUUUACCUAAGACUGGAAUUAAAUACAAGGAUGCAGCUCCUAUGAAUAGGCUGUGGGAAGGAUAUAUGACGAAAUUUUUGAACUUAGAUCAAUUGAAAGGGAAAUCAUGGUACAAUCCCAAAACUGGAAAUUUAUGGGAAUCGGUGAGUUUUACUUUGUUAAAAGCAGACUUUCAUGGAGCAUUAGUAAAAGUAUUGCAAUCGAGGUGCCCGUCGUACGUAGGACACGAAGGAAUCAUAAUUUUCGAUACGAAGUACACUUUCACUAUCAUAGGAAAAGAUGAUACAACUCGAACCGUUCCAAAAUUAUCAUGUAUUUUUGAAAUUUCUGUGAAACAAUACAAGUUCAAGAUUUUUGGAAAAUAUUUUUGUAUUAGAACGGCAGAAAGGUCUACUAAAAAAAUUAAAUCUUCAUUCAUUCCUACCUUAUGAUAUGUAUUAUAAAUUUGUUACCUGUUGUUUAUAUAAUUUCAUUAAAAUAUAAUUUUUCAUUUCGUUAAA